UUGUUCACCCUCCCCGCUGCUACCCUCGCUUUAUCAAGCUGCAACUGCGGCUACACCCUCAACACCACCAGCCUUUUCACCCACGCCAUCCAAACCGACUUCACCCACCCCGAUGCCUCCCUGACCUGGACCGACUCCCCCUCCGCCGACUGGGCCGUGCAAGUCUACAACGUCUCGCCCACCGCCGCUCGCGGCCCCUACGGCAAAGCGGCAGAACUCUCAACCGUGCUCCUCAACUCUUCAAGCAGUACCCUCGACCUCUACGUCCGAAGCCAACUCCUUCCCAACACCAACGGCACGCUUGGCAGCAGCGACCUCCGAAUCCCCAUCUCCGAGAUCGCCACAACCCGCAACGACAUCCUCUACGGCACCUUCCGCGCCAGCAUCCAGUUCUCCUCCGUCCCGGGAACCUGCGGCGCCUUCUUCUUCUACCACAACGACAGUCAAGAAAUCGACAUGGAAGUCUUAUCCCAGCAACAACAAUCCGCGCGAGUGAAUUCGAACGGCACCCACCCAAUCAACCUCGUCAACCAGUCCCCCGUCUCCGUAACACAGGGGUACAACGACGUCGGCACCGUGGGAUUUGUGCCGUAUAACCUUCCAUUUGAUCCGACGGAGGGGUGGCAUGAGUACCGUUUCGACUGGCUGCCUGAUCGGAUUGACAAGUUCGCUGAUGGGGCUUGGUUGACUACCUUUACUGAGGAUGUUCCGAAUAGGGCGGGGGGCGUGCAUUUGAGUCAUUGGAGUAAUGGGGAUCCCGGAUGGUCGGGUGGUCCGCCGGGGGGAGAUGCUGUGGUUAGGGUUCGGUGGGUGGAAGCGUAUUUCAACACGACC